AUUUUAAAAUUUGUGUUAAUUACUCUUAAUUUAUUUGGUAAGUCAUCCUCAGUUCUUUUUUAAAAUGAGGUGGGACAAAAAUGAGUGAAGUAAGGAAGGAAGUGGAGAAGGAGAGAGAGGAAGGAGGGAAGGUAGAAAGGAGGGAAAAGAAGAAAGGGAGGAGGGAGAGAAUGGCAUUGGGUAGGAACUGGACACCUGCUAGGUUUUAUCCCCUGGCCUCCCAGGAACUCAAGGCAGGUUUUUCCUCCUGAAAGAAACUUGGGAGGAGGUGGAAGCCCAGCUGUGGUCAGCAGGUGGGCUAAGGUGCUGUUCGUUUCAGGGCUUCAAAGUGGUUCAUUGCCCAUUGAACCCCUACUGAGAAUUUGCAUUUCUAGCCUCCAUAUACUGAAUCAGAAUGAACCGGUUUGUAGGUCUGGUUUGUUUCUGCUUCUCAGGGAGGUGGGUCCCAGCUAGCUUUCCACCAGGACUCACUGUGGUUCAGCCCUGCUCUGUGGCAGCUGUUCCUGGUUAAACCGCUCUCAGGGCCAGUACUUAUUGCCUUAAUCCAGUGCCUUGGCAGGGGAUGGCCCUGCUAGCCUUGGGCAAACAUUGUCCUUGUGCGGUCGAUUAAGCCAGUGCUCACCUUUAUCGUGGCACUCUGAGGCCUUCCAGCUCCCACCUGCUGUUGCCCUUGAACCUCCCACCCUCCUGGUGCUUUCCCAGUGCUAGUGGCCAGCUGCCUGCACUGCUGUGUUAGCAGAUGGAGGAGGCGCUUCCACUGUACUCAGGGGAGGAGGAACAAAGCAAGAAGGAGCUGCUGCUGGCCACGAGAAAGGCCCUUCUUCAGACCUCCUGGCUGGGCUGCCUGCCCUCUCAGCACCGUGAGUCCGGGGGUGCAUGGGUCUGGGGCUGGUCCCCUGAAGGAUACACCGCGUGCACGCGUGUGCUGUGACCUGCUCUGUUUCACUGUGUGGGGAGGGGCUGCUACAAGCCUCACGUACCAGUCCUCCCCAGCCCUGAUGCUGCAGAUAUUGGUGGGACUUUCCUUUUUCCCAUGGGGAGGACUGCUUCCCUGCCAAAGACUGGGCUCUGUCAGCCCUUCUUGGGAUGUUGAGCUUGUGAGAACAGGAAAAUGGAGCAUCACAGAUGUCAUUGUAAAAUUCUCGUCUUAUCCCCCGUCCCCUGGUUAAUGCUGGCCUUCCUCUGGCUGGUUUUUCAUCGUCCUCCUUGGCUAGGUUAAACCUCCUGGUUCCAUAUGUUCCACACCAGCUCUGCUCCUGACAUGGGGUGCAGGGGUCUCUGAGGAUUUCGUUAAAGACAAGCACAGAUACAAUCUGAAUCUGAAUGAAAUAUUUGUUUCUUAGAGUUGAGUGCGAUUGCAAAAUGGUGUUAUUUUAGCUUCUCACUCUCAGUCUAUGUAUUUUAUCUGGCAGUUCUUGGUGAUAUGGCUGUUUGUAUUUAAGAGCAUUAAGAAAAAAAAUCAGACUGGGCAAUCUUACUUGUCAGCUUUUUCUAGUAUUGUCAUCCUGGAAAGGAACAACAUCUGACCAACUGUAUGCUUUGUGGAAAUUCCCUCAGCACUCUGCAUCUCAUUUCUUCCUCUGUAAAAUGGGUAUAGUCUUGCAUGGCGAUAGGGUCUCAUACGGCCUUGCGGGAAGGGGGCAGAUAUACUUUUCAGGUACCUGUAUAUGCCAGGCACACAAAUAAAAUCAUUGAAUAAACAGCUGAUAUUUAUUUAGCACUUAUUAUGUGCCAGACACUGUGCUAAGCUCCUUACAAGUGUUUCCUUAUUUAAUCUUCCCAACAAUGCUAUUAUUAUCUCCACUUUUCAGAUGAGGAAACUAAGUCACAGAGGUUGAGUAAAUUCCCAAGAUCAGACAUGGAGUACAGAAACAGAGCUGGGAUUCAAACCCAGGCAAUAGGAUUUCAAAGCACGUGAGCUUCACCCCCACACCACAUGGCCUGGGAGAUGAGUGAAUGAAUGAAUCAGUGAACGAACAAGUACACGCCUUUAAAUUUGUCCAUUGAAUAUGCCUGGUGGUUGCCUUCAAAAUUUUUGAAAAAGUUUACUCUGCUUUGCCUGGGGAAGCAAAAACAAAUGUGCAGAGUGUGUCAGCCUGCCCUGUUUACUUGUCCUUUCCCUCCAAAGCCCAGCAGCCAUGGGCUAUGACCUACGUCACCAGACCUGGGCCCAGCCUGGCUUCCUUGUGAGUUUGGCUCUGGUUACGCAAUGCCAGUUUUGUUCAUCUUUUGGAACUGUUUACAAUGCGGGUUUCAGGAUUUGUCAGCACUGCCGGAACAGGACACAGUCCCUAGCGACUCCGGGGGAAGCUGACGUUCUCUCUGCAUCUCUACGCCUUUGCCGAGAUUCCUAGUAAGGUAUCUUACUUUGGUUUUCAUCCAAAAGAGAGAAAAGACAAGAGAUGGCAGGAGGCACAGGCACAGGCUUCUGGGAGCUCCCUGUCCACAGCACCACCCUGCCAGCAUAGGAAGCCCAGGCCGACCACCCCAAUCCCAACGAUGGAGGACGGCCAUGAGCUGGACCUCACGUACAUCACAGAGCGUGUCAUCGCUGUCUCCUUCCCCGCCAGCAGCUCUGAGGAGUCCUAUCUCCACAACCUGCAGGAUGUCACACGCAUGCUCAAGUCCAAGCAUGGUGACAACUACCUGGUAUUAAACCUUUCUGAAAAGAGAUAUGACCUUACGAAGCUUAACCCAAAGACGAUGGAUGUGGGCUGGCCGGACCUGCACGCCCCACCCCUGGAUAAGAUGUGCACCAUAUGCAAAGCCCAGGAGUCCUGGCUCAACAGCGACCCCCAGCAUGUGGUGGUCAUCCACUGCCGGGGUGGGAAAGGACGCAUAGGAGUGGUCAUCUCCUCCUACAUGCACUUCACCAACGUCUCAGCCAGUGCCGACCAAGCCCUUGACAGAUUUGCAAUGAAGAAAUUUUAUGAUGAUAAAGUUUCAGCUUUAAUGCAGCCAUCCCAAAAACGGUAUGUGCAGUUCCUCAGUGGCCUCCUGUCUGGGUCGGUGAAAAUGAACGCCUCGCCACUGUUCCUGCAUUUUGUCAUCCUGCACGGCAUCCCCAACUUCGACACAGGUGGAGUGUGCCGGCCCUUUCUGAAGCUCUACCAGGCCAUGCAGCCUGUCUACACGUCGGGGAUCUACAAUGUCAGCCCGGAAAACCACAGCAGGGUCUGCAUCGCCAUCGAGCCGGCGCAGCUCCUGAAGGGGGACAUCAUGGUCAAGUGUUACCACAAGAAGUACCGGUCGGCCACCCGCGACGUUAUCUUCCGCCUGCAGUUUCACACCGGGGCUGUCCAGGGCUAUGGGCUGGUGUUCGGAAAGGAGGAUCUGGAUAACGCUAACAGGGAUGACCGUUUUCCUGACUAUGGGAAAAUCGAAUUAGUCUUCUCAGCUACUCCUGAGAAGAUCCAAGGGUCUGAUCAUCUGCACAAUGACCGCGGAGUGAUCGUCGACUACAACACCGCAGACCCACUGAUUCGCUGGGACUCCUACGAGAACCUGGGCGCAGAUGGAGAAGUGCUCCACACGCAGGGGCCCGUCGAUGGCAGCCUCUAUGCUAAGGUGAGGAAGAAGAGUACCUCAGACCCCAGCAUCCCAGGUGGCCCCCAGGCUGUUCCGGCCACCCACAGCCCAGACCACAGCGACCACACCCUGUCUGUCAGCAGUGACUCAGGCCACUCCACCGCCUCAGUCAGGACUGACAAGACUGAAGAGCGCCUGGCUCCUGGCACCAAAAGGGGCCUGAGCCCACAGGAGAAGGCCGAGCUGGACCAGCUCCUCAGUGGCUUUGGCCUAGAAGAGUCUGAGAGCUCAUUCAAGGAUAUGACUGAUGCUCAGAGCAAAUAUAGUGGGACCCGCCAUGUUGUGCCAGCCCAGGUCCAUGUUAACGGGGACGCCAAGCUGCGAGACAGGGAAACGGACAUCUUGGAUGACGAGAUGCCCAACCAUGACCUACACAGCGUGGAUAGCCUCGGGACGUUGUCAUCUUCAGAGGGGCAGCCCUUGGCCCACCUCGGCACCUUCACCUGCCACAAAAGCAGCCAGAACUCCCUCUUGUCUGAUGGCUUUGGCAGCAACACUGGUGAAGACCUGCCUGGCAGCCUUGGCCCAGACCUGGGCAUUGGCAUGGACCUGCUCUAUGAGCGGUCCUUUGGAAACCGGGAGCCCCGGCAGCCACCGGCCCUGCUGAGGAAGCCCUCUGUGUCUGCACAGACGCAGACCUACGGGCAAAGCGGCUACUCCACACAGACCUGGGUGCGCCAGCAGCAGAUGGUAGCUGCACACCAGUACAGCUUCACGCCCGAGGGGGAAGCCAGGCCCAUCAGCCGCAGCACAGCCGAAAAUGCCGGCCUCAUCCCGACCCAGCCCAGAGUGCCAGUCACCCCCACGCGCGGGGCUAGCAGCAGAGUGGCCGUCCAGAGGGGUGUAGGCAGUGGGCCGAAUCCCCCAGAAACGCAGCUGCCACCUCUCGGCAAAGCAUUCAAACCCGUAUUUGCAAAUGAAAAUGCCAUAAACGGGGUUGGCCUAGAACUGAACUCGGUUGUCUCACCAGGCUCCCCCACCCUGGACAUCGACCAGUCCAUUGAGCAGCUCAACAGGCUCAUCUUGGAGCUGGACCCCACCUUUGAGCCCCUUCCAACCCACAUGAACACGCUGGGCAGUCAGACCAACGGUGCCGCACCCCCAGACGGGGUGGCCAGCCGGAUUCGGGCCAGCGGCAGGCUACAGGACCCAGGAGAGGGCCCCAGCAGGAUGCCCGGGAGGCAAGGCCCCAUAGUUGACGACCCCCUGGGUGGAAGACACCGGAAGCUGAGCCUUGGGCAGUACGAUAAUGAUGUUGGCGGGCAGCCAUCCUUCUCCAAAUGCAGCUGGGGAAAGACCACUGGUGUGGACCAAGAUCCAAGUAUGGCAUCCUUCCUCGAUUCAGCGGAUACCAAAGAGACAGUGAUCACCAGUUACCCUUCAGACAUUGAUGUGAUCGAUGGCAGGAUCUUCUCUCCAACCAAAAAUGGCGGUGAAUCAGCCUCUUCAACACCAGCAUUUCCUGUGUCACCAGAAACACCGUAUGUGAAGACCCCUCCCCACUAUCCUCAGUUCCAACCCUUGGAGCCUAAGAUGAGUAACCCAGCCAGUCUGUACAAAGGAGCACAUGCAGACCGCCGUGGCCGCCCUGAGGUUCUGAACCACUCUGUGGGGAUGUCAGAGCGCCCCACCGGACCCGAAUCUGCGGUACUUUGGGCCGACAUGCCGACCACACCUUCCUUUCAGCAGGCUUUUACAUCAUCCUGCACAAUUUCAAGCAACAGUCCCAUCCAGCGGAGAGAGAGCCCUUCCUCUGCAGAGCACCAGUGGUUAGAAACUAGCCCUAAAUCCACGCUUUCUGUGUUGGGGAGCAGCCAGCCAGCAGGGGCUCUCCUUGGCACCUCAGAGUUCUCCGGCCCCAUGAAGGACUCCCCACUUCUGCCCCAUUUCCAGCCUUCAGAGCUCCAGGGCUCUUUCAACAGCCACGAGCUCUCCCUGACAGAGCCAUUGUCGGAAGCUCUGGCCACCCAGAGCGGCCCAUCCUUCCUGAGCUUCAGUGGAGCUGCUGUGGGAAGUAGUCUUCCACCCGGGGAGACCCCGGGGACCCUGCUGGCCAAUUCCCAUGGAGUCUCACCAGCCCCCAGUGCCCCGCUGACUGCCCCAGGGGCUGUCGACAACGGCUUCCUGCCUCAUCACUUCCUCACAGUCGCGCCUGGACACAGUGGCCAACACAGCCCGGUCUUGCAGGGUCAAGGGAUGACCCUGCCCGGGCAGCCACCUCUUCCUGAGAAGAAGCGAGCCUCAGAGGGAGACCGCUCCUUCGGCUCCGUCUCCCCUUCCUCCAGCGGCUUCUCCAGCCCCCACAGCGGGAGCACCAUCAGCAUCCCCUUCCCAAACGUCCUUCCGGACUUCUCCAAAGCUUCAGAAGCAGCAUCCCCUUUGCCAGAUAAUCCAGGUGAUAAACUUGUGACAGUGAAAUUUGUCCAAGACACAUCCAAGUACUGGUACAAGCCAGAUAUUUCACGAGAACAAGCCAUUGCCAUGUUGAAGGACAAGGAGCCUGGGUCAUUCAUCGUGCGGGACAGCCAUUCCUUCCGCGGCGCCUACGGCCUGGCCAUGAAGGUGGCCACUCCCCCGCCUUCAGUCUUACAGAUGAACAAGAAAGCUGGAGAUUUGGCCAGUGAACUCGUCCGGCACUUUUUGAUUGAGUGUACCCCGAAGGGAGUGCGGUUGAAAGGGUGCCCGAAUGAACCGUACUUCGGGAGCCUGACGGCUUUGGUAUAUCAACAUUCAAUCACCCCGUUGGCCUUGCCCUGCAAACUGCUCAUUCCAGACAGAGAUCCGCUGGAGGAAAUAGCAGAAAAUUCUCCCCAAACAGCUGCCAACUCAGCAGCUGAACUGCUGAAGCAGGGGGCAGCCUGCAACGUGUGGUACCUGAACUCUGUGGAAAUGGAGUCCCUCACAGGCCACCAAGCAGUGCAGAAGGCCCUAAGCAUCACCUUGGUCCAGGAGCCUCCUCCCAUCUCCACAGUUGUCCACUUUAAGGUGUCUGCCCAGGGCAUCACGCUGACGGACAAUCAGAGGAAGCUCUUCUUCCGGAGGCACUACCCUGUUAACAACGUGAUCUUCUGCGCCUUGGAUCCACAAGACAGGAAGUGGAUCAAAGAUGGCCCUUCCUCAAAGGUCUUUGGGUUUGUGGCCCGAAAGCAAGGCAGCACCACAGACAACGUGUGCCACCUGUUUGCAGAGCACGACCCUGAGCAGCCAGCCAGUGCCAUCGUGAACUUUGUAUCAAAGGUCAUGAUCGGGUCCCCAAAGAAGAUUUGAGAGUCCUGCAUACCCCAGGCCCACAGGAAGCCUUUCAAGGAUCUUGAGACAUCAUGGGAUUGGGAUAGGGCCACCACUUUGUAGCAAACUGACAUUUGGACAUUUCUGGCCCAGGAGGGAAAAGUGGAUCUUCCAACUUUUCAAAACAAGAACAAUCAACCUCACCAUUUAUUGGCCUUUCUUGACAGAAACUCCUCAUGUGACACAUUUCUGUAGCCAAGUGCUUCUUAGAUGAAAAAAGGUGAACAAAGAGUGCACCCAACAGGGACCACAUUGGAAAGAAACAUGCAAGAAAACACACCAGAGAAAGGGGUAGUGUCCCCUCCUACCAAGUGCACCAGCCCUUGUGGGGAGGAGUGGCCAACUCACUCCAGCGUGGUGUGACAGUGCCGCCCAUCCUUAUAGGCCCCUGGCCAGGCGAUGUGUGGUGAUGGCAGCCCUCAUCUCGGUCUUCCACAGCAGUGGAGAUGUUACCUGACCCAGAAGGGGAUGCAUGUUUGGUGAAGGUCAGUGCAGGUCAAGCCCUUCUAGAAUGUUGAGGGGUCGUGAACAAGGUGACGACGGGGUGUAUGGUGAGGAUGAGGGUGAUGGGAGCCUUCAGGCUUCAAUCUGAAAAGAGCACUGGGAUGCUUUAGAAACCGAUCCUCCAGUGGGUGAUGAUUCACACCCCCUGCUCUUGUGACGGGGUUCUGAGUAUUGAGUGAACCAGGGAGAAGCCGUUUUGACCAGAAGAGGAUAAAAGGAGAAGAUGGAAGUAAAACGCCAUUUCUAUGUAAUUUAUAUUUUUCUUAUGCCAAAUUAUUUAUGAUAUCAGUUUGCCAUUGCUGUAUCGUGCGUGUGUACAAACACUGCUGCCUGUCACGCUUGGGUUUUAGGGGUUCAUCACGAUGUAGAUGCUCUGCUAGUGCCUUGACACACAAAAUGGUGUUGUGGGGACCAAUGGGGUGCUGUUAGAAGUCUUCCGUGUACCAGGUUACCAAGAGCCCACUCUAACUCUUUACUCCUACCUUUUCCCAUAUUUUUAGAUGACUUUCUUUUGGUAGAAAAAGUUCAGAAGGGGUAGGAAGUGAUCAGUGAGAGCACAGUCUUGCUUAGCACCUGCUUGGUAGGAGUUAUUGGAAGACCCAGUGUAGCAUUGCAUGAAGUACUUCUCACCUUCUUAAGCUCUGGUGGGAGUCCUUCUCUUUAUAGUGCUCCUUGCCAUGCUUGUUCCUUCCUGCCAGGGAUCCUGUGUGUUUAUGGUGUCCUUGAGUAGAAGGAGGAAAGGAGGAAGAGGAGAAAGAAUAAUUCUCAAUAUGUACAAGAUCUGUUUCAGUGCCACUUUCCCACAUCAUCCUGGCCAUUGGCUCAGUAUGUCAUUUUAUGCUUAUAUGACCGUUCUGAGGCAGUGGUUUUUCCACCUGAAGGUGCCCGUGGUCAUAGGUUUGGAGGAAGCGGUUGAUUCUGGAACUUCCCAGAGUGAGAGAUGGAGCUGGGCAAGGUCAUAACAAAGCCACGGUCCCUUCCCUUAAUGCCCAGCGUGCUCCACGGUGACUGUUCAGACUGUAAGUCAUUGUGAAUUUCUUGUUCUUCUCUGCUUUCACAACUCAAGUGCAAGCUCUUAGAUCACAGGUACCACAGCAACAGAUUAGGGUUUGAAAAUAAGUCUGGUGAAUUCUCUGUUUUAAAAUGAGUGACAGAGAAAAUCCUAGCAAUGGACAGAGCUGGAAUCACCUGAAUUCCAGCAGGUAUUGUACAUAGAUGUGUGUAUAUAGAAAAGCAGGUGGAUGGUUCCACAUUUUAGCUCCUAUUGAUUCACCAAAGGCAAGUGCCUUGUUUCUGUGCCAAAUGUUUGCCUGGUCCUUGUGGACCUGCCUCUCUGACGCAUGUCGGCAUGACCAGUACAGGGAGUAUGCUGGCCUGUCCUAGUGGCCCUGAUGUCUUCAGCAGAGGCAUCUAGCAUUUCAGUGUUUCCUCUACUGCAGGAAUCAGUCAAGGGGAAGUAGAGGUGUAUCCUCUAACCAAGUGGCUGCCGCAUACUGAGGUGGUUUGUACCCAUGUUUGACCCAAAGACCACAGGCUGGGCACCUUCUCCUCUGAUGAAGGAAAAGAGGGCUUGUUUAAAAUAAAAGCAGGAGAGGGAUGUGCUACGUAGAAUUAUGGAGCUAUCAGGGCCACCCACAAGACUCUUUGUUCAGCUCCUUCAAGAAGUCACAAAAAUUUGCCUUUUAAACUUACUGGCCAGGUGUGGUUAGUACUCACAUCGGUCAAGGGCAUCAGGGAAUUUGCUCCAAGCAAAGCGCUCCCUCUGAGGAACUGAAGGAAACCUCUAUCUGCAGGUUUCUGACAGACUGGUACGACCGGGUUGUCGUCUGGUGUGCCCCAUGUACAUGAAGGCGAGAAGACAACUCCGUACAGUCACAGACACCUGUGCAGGCCCAGGCACCUGGGCAGGCACAGACACCUGUGCAGUCACAGACAAGUGUGUUGUGCCCUGGAGACCUCAUGCGUGCUCCACCAGCUCCGGCUCUGGGGGUGUGCCACAAGGCGCACUCCAAGGCAUCACGCCUCUCAGGGCCUUGCCUGGCACGGAUGUGCUGUCCUGGAGAGGGAAUGCUGGUGAGGUCCCAAGAACUGUUCGCAGCAAAUAUUAUAGCCAGGGUCCUAUUAACCUACUCACGAAAUGUAUUGUUGUAAUCCUCCAGUGUUAAACCUUAACUGCGUUAAAAGCCACGCUGCAUUAAAGAAUUUCAUGUGUAUCCUCAGUGUCAAAGACCUUGUAAUGUCUCCUUAGCAGCCUUACUUGUUAUCGAAUAUUUUUACCUUUUCUGAUACUGUAAAGAGUAUAUCCAGUAUGUAAAUGAAUGUUCUAUAAAUCCUUUGUAUAGUCAUUUGCUCUGUUCUUUAAAUAUCAUCUCUGUUCAGAGUAUAAUAAAAUUAUGAACUUGGUAAGCUUCAGUGAACAGGUGUUUGUGUUUGUUGGUGUGGAUGGUAGUGCCCCUACUAAAUGAUUAAAGUAUUCCACGUUUGUGUGUGUCUGUGUGUGCCUGCCUGUGUUUCUGUGUGUCUCGUGUGUUUAUUUGGGAGGUUAACAGGGGUUGUUUAUUGGUCGGUGGAUUCAGUUAUAAAUCCGCAUGGAUUUUGCCUUCAGGAAUAUAUUUUAAGAUUUCUGCUCAGAGGCCCUUGAAAAACUAUAUUCAAAGAUUUAACAUCAUUUAACUAUGAUGCCCAGUGGUAAGUACUUUAAUACUUGAUAUAAAUAGGCUCACCCCCACCACACACACACACCCACCCCCACCCCCACCCCCAGUGGCUGCAGGAGGCAGCCCCUGGUGUUGGGCCAGCUCUAAUUGGUUCUCCUCAUUUUCUAACUGGUCAGUUUCUGGACAUGAAUAUUAAAUCUGGUAGAUUCUCUUAGUCAUGUCGCAGAUGCUGGAUGACAGUCCUGAGACAUGUUGGGUGAGUGCCUGCCCCUCUGGCAUUCAUGAGCUUACCCUUCCCCCACCAACCUCUUCCCUCUCUGCACUGGCCUGGAGCCUUAGAACUGACUCCUCCCUCUUUCCCUUGAAGGGGAAUUGUGCCCUGUUGGCAUAGGCCCUUCGCUCCUGUCUUGGACAGUGUGAUUGGGAGCAAGCCCUCACCCUCCUCCUGAAUUCCUGUGAGUUAAGAUGGGGCCCAGCACUGCACCUUUGCCUAAUUCCCUCUGGGUCUCAUUGUUCCGAGCAGGGCUGUGAUCACAGGAAGCAGAGGUACCAUGCUUGGAGGAUCUCAGUUUGAAUCCGAUUUGUACUUGGUCACCUGGGUUUGGAAGGGCCACUCAGACACCCAGCCCUGAGAGCCUUAUACAUAAAACAGGAAUGGUAUUGCAGCCUCCAUGCCUGUGGCUCCUCCCAGGGCAGGCCUUCUACAGUGUUUGUUGGUCAUUAUAGGUAUUACAUUAAGGAUGGAAGCAUAACUGCUUAUAGAACUGAACCUCUGGUGACCACUUCAGCUCCAAAGCAGAAACAAGGCAAUACUUUGGGCCAUUUCCGUCAUGGACAAAUAAUACAGAUUUAACUUGUUGCCCUCUACCUUAAGUCCGGGUUUUCUCUUGCUCUCUCAGCCAGUGGAGGCUUCAGCUUCCCAGUCUGAUGAAACAGAGUCUGUGGGGCCUCAAAGUGGAGUGAAAACAGGCUGGGGCAGGUUAGAUCUUGUUGAAUAGGAAGUUCCCAAUGGGCCCUUAAGCCAGACAAGGCCCAGCCCUGGACAAAUGUCACAAUGUGGUGUAACCUGAACAGGGCACUUUGCUCACGUUAGCUCACAGAGGACAACUCAGAGCACCACCUGGCUGGAUGACAUUGCCCAACUCACACAUGUCCCCAGACCUCAUGACAGAGCCUGCCAGGUGAGCUGUUGGAGAGCCCCCAAGAUCCAAGGCCAUGGCUAGAGGAGCUCCACCACAUAUGCCCAUCAUGCAACACCCUGCUGUGAUGGGCACCUGGGCCACCAUCCAGUCAGGGGGCCACAUGUCUGUGCUUUGCUUGUAGUGUCUGCAUCUCUUAGCCACAGUAGAGAUUGGUUUGUGGUCACAGGAUGGUGGGAUGACAUACAUGGUGGCCUUGGGGAAGUCACCUUUCUCAGAACAGAGGGCAUUUGACCUGAGCUUAUGGGAUGAAUUAGAGUUUUCUAGGAGAACUUGGGGCUUGGGUAGUGGAGAGAAGGGGCAUUUCAUUACACAGGAAAUGACCUUCUCUGCGCAAAUAACAGCAGCAGGGCUGUUGAACUGGCAAACCCUAAAAAUGAACUAACCACAAAUGGCCUUAAGUCCUGAGAAACUAGAAGCUGCAAGGCCAAGCCUGGCCUGAGGCAAGGGCAGGGGUAGGGGUGGGCUUACUGAAAGCUUGUCACAAAUUUGAGUGACCAGGGCAUCAGCAAAAGGGGCUUCACCACAAUUGACCUGACCCUCUUUGUACCCAUGGAUCUGAGACUCCUUCCCUAUCCUGGAGGGGCCCUGGUGGCUCAGUGGUUAAGCACUCGACAGCUAACAGAAAGGACAGCAAUUCGAACCCACCAGGUGCUCUGUAGAAGAAAAACGUAGCAGUCUGCUUCCAUAACCAUAAUGAUUUACAGCCUUGGAAACCUUAUGGGGCAGUUCUACUCUGUCCUAUAGGUCACUAUGAGUCAGAAUUUGACCAAUGGCAAUAGUUUUUUUUUUUUUUGGUUCCAAUCCCAGAGAUACAUGAUGGCUGGGGCAAUACCAGGGGCAUCCAAGCAAAACAAGCACCCUGCCCAGGAAGCAUGCCAUGUCUCCCUCAAGCAGAGGAACCCACCACAACAAACACCAGGCCAAGGAAGCCUUUUUAAACCUAUGUCCCUGCUGAGAGACACUUGUUCAGCCUCCUCAGGCAGCACCAUCAGGGACCAGUGGGAGCCCCGACAGCACCAGAUAAACCAAGCAGACAAAAAUAGCACCACAAAAAUUCUUGAAAUUAACCUGGCACUGGAACAACAGCCCACAAAAGUAAGCCAAGACCUAUGUGCUGAACCUAAACAGAGUGACUGCCUGCUAAAAUAAAGAUUUAAAUAGGACCCAGAGUCUGAUAACAUAGUAGACAAAAUGUCCAGGGUACGAUUAAAAUCACUCGUCAGACUAAGAACACAGAAUUUACAAUCUAAAUGAGAAAAGACAAUCAACUGAUGCUAACAUCCAUAGGAAUUAGAUGUUGGAAUUAUCUGGCAAGAAUUUUAAAACAGUCAUUAUAAUGAUGCUUCAACAAACAGAUGUAAAUUCUCUUAAAAAAUUUUUUUUAAACAAAUGAAAAAAUAGAAAACUACAGCAAAAACAUUAAAGUUAUAUAAAAAAAAAACCAAAUAGACAUAACAGAACUAAAAAAAAUAAUGACAGAAAUUUUAAAAAACUCACCCGAUGGGAUUAAUAGUAAAAAACCAGUGCCGUCGAGUCGAUUAAUAGUAGAGAGCAAUAAACUUGCGGACCGAAAAACCAAAUCAGUUGGCACUGAGUUGAUUUCAACCAUGAGGACUCUGCCCCGUGUGCGUCAGACUAGAAGUGUGCACCACAGGGUUUUCAGUCACUGAUAUUUCGGUAGUAGGCUGCCAGGAAUUUCUUCUGAAGUACCUGCAAUGGGUCCGUACUGAUGGCCUUUCAGUUAGCAGCUGAGCGCUUAACCACUUGUGCCAUUCAGGGCCCUGAACUUGAGGAUAGAACGUUAGAAUUUACCAGUCUGAACAAAAGAAAAAAAUAGGCCAAAAAUAAAGCCUCAGGGACCCGUAAGACAAUCAUAAAAGCUCCAACUUUUAUUUCACUGAAGUCCUAAAAGAGGGAAGAAAGAGAGCAUUCAAAGAUACAAUGUCUGGAAACUACUCAAAUUUGGCGAGACACAAACCUACGGAUUCAAGAAGCUGAGUGUAUACUCUUCUCCCCUCAAAAAAAUCUAUUCCAAGACAUAACUAAACUUCUGAAAACUGAGGACAAAAAAAAAAAAUUUUUUUUUUUUUUGAAGCAGAGAGAAAUGAUGGAUUACCUAUAGGGAAACAUCAACUUGAAUGUCAACAGAUUUCUCAUAUUAAACUAUGGAGGCCAGAAGGAAAUGAAACAUUUUUCGAGUGCUGAAAGAAAUGUCAACUGUGAAUUCAAUAUUCAGUGAAACUAUCCACUAAGGAAGGGAAAAUAAAGACAUUCUCAGAUGAAAAAUUAAAAGGAUUAUUGAUAGCAGGCCUAUUCUUAAAUAUUGGCUAAAAAAAACUUCUUCAAACGAAAAGGAAAUGAUACGAGAAAGUACCUUGGAGAAGCAAGAAGGAAGAAAGAACAACAGAAAGAACAGAGGUAGGGGUACAUACAGUAGACUCUCCUUCUCCUUCUGCUCAUGAGUUCUAUAAAUCAUAUUUGAUGACUAAAACAAAAAUGAUAAUACCAUUUGAUACUCAAAAUCAUGAUAUUUAAAGGUGGGGAAGGUAAAAGAGCCUAAAUAGAGGUGAGGUUUCCACACUGUACUCAAAAUGGUACAAUGUUGAUACCAGUAGGCUGUGAUAAGUCACAUAUUUAUAUUGUUAUAACUAGAGCAACCACUACAAAAACUAUACAAAGAGACACAGUAAGCACUAAGUAAACCAAGACAGAACCCUAAAAAUGUUUAAAUAGGUCACAGGAAGGCAAGAAAAAAGAAAUAAUAGAAUGAAAACAAGAUAAAAUAAUAGGAGACAAUAAAAUGUCAGACUUUAGCUUUAACAUACCAAUAAUUACCUUAAAUGUAAAUAGUUGAACUAAAUCAAGGAACAGAAAUUGGGAGAGUGAUUAAAAAUAAAUAAAACACUAUUCAAUUAUAUACUGUUUAUAGGAAACUCCAAAUUACAUAAAUAGGUUGAAGUAAAAGGUUGUGAACAUUAAUUUUAAAAACUGCAGGUCACUAUAUUAACAUCUGAUAAAGUAGACUUCGGACAAAGAAAAUUACCAGGGACAAAGAAGGACAUUACACAAUGAUAAAGGGAUCGUUUCAUCAGAAAGACAUAAUGAUCCUAACGGUAUAUGCAUCCAGUAUAACAGCACCUCAAUACAUGAAGCAAAAAACUGAUUGAGCUGAGAAGAGAAAGAGACUAAUCCACAAUUAUAGAUGAUUUCAUCACCUUCCUUUCAGCAACAGAUAGAACUACUGAACCACACAACCAACCAAUAUUGUAUAAUGUACAUAUAUAGAAUACUCUACCCAAUGAUAGCAGAAUACACAGUUUCACAAAUAGAAAGCCAUAAAGCAGGACUCAACAAAAUUAAAAUAAUAUUGUGUGGGGUGUUCUCUGAUCAUAAAGAAAUCAAUCUUGAAAUUAGUAACAAAAAAAUCUCUAAACUCAUAGAAAUUAAACAACAUACUUCUAAAUAAUCCAUGGUCCAAAGAGAAAGUCUCAAAGGAAAUUAAAAAAUUCAUAUAACUGAAUGCAAAUGAAAAUAGAACUUUUCAAAAUUUGUGGGAUGUAGCUAAAGCAGUCCGGAGAGGAAAAUUUAUAGUACUAAAAUGCUGUCAGGAAAACCUGGUGGUGUGGUGGUUAAGUGCUACGUCUGCUAACCAAAAGGCUGGCAGUUUGAAUCCACCAGGUGCUCCUUGGAAACUCUGUGGGGCAGUUCUACUCUGUCCUAUGAGUCAGAAUCAACUUGACAGCAACGGGCUGGUUUGAUUUUUGGUUUAAAUGCUGACAUUAGGGACGAGGAAACAUCUCAGGUCAAUAAUCAGAAUAUAGCUUGGAUAGGAUUGGGGAUGAGCGAGUAUCAUUUCUCCCCUGACCCAUGCAGCUGAGUCAACUGGCCCUGCAUGGGCAUAGGAAGUUCUGGAAGCCGUGGAUGCCACCUGGGUCUUGGGCAGUCAUCCUUAUUUGUCAGCACACAUAAGGCAUCCCUUGAGAAGGUCCAGAAAUAACUGGGGCCACUUUACAAGGAAUGGGCUAAGAACUAGCCAUCAAAGCUCCAUAAAUGAGAUAUGCAAUGUGCCACAACAGGGGUGAAAAUUACAGACACAACAUCAGGCCCAGCAAACCAGAUGCUAAAGAGGAUACACUAUGUCAUUUCAUUUAUAUAAAUAUCAAAAACAGGCCAAACUAACCUACAGCAGUAGGAGGCAGAAUGGUGGUCUUCUUUGGGGAGGAGAACGAGGGAGCAGAUGGGGAGAAGCCCCCAGAGGGCUUCUGGAGUUCUAGAGCUGUUCUGUUUCUUCAUUUGAGUGUGAUUGCUUUGUGAAAAUUAAUUGAGCUGUCCACUUAUAAUUUAUGCACUUUUUUACAUGAUUGUCUGCAUUUUUUUUAAAUUAAUGUAGCUUCACUUUUCCCUUAAAAGUUGUUGAAAUCCGAGCUAUCUACUUUGUACUAGGAAUAUCGGCGUUCAUCAAAACUGAUGCAUCCAAUAGCCAGGGUCCCCGGCUCCAGGGGCCCCAGCACAACCUCAUACUAACACCAGCCACUUGCCUGUGCUCCACUGUUCAGUCUGGUGAAGGCUGUGUCAUUGCAGAAAUGGCUCAGGCCCUGACAUGGAGCUGGUUGUCUGGUUUGGAGUUGAGGGCAAGGAAGACAGGUGCGGAACAGACAGAGGGAGACCUGUUACGUGCCUUACCUUCCUCUUGGGGAGACUCUACAUGGCUCCACAGGCCAUAUUAAGUCACCUAAGUUCUCUCACUACCUUGAGCUCAAUACCAGAUUAGGACAAUAAAACAGAAUUGGUUGAGUGUUCACUGUUCACCAAGCACAGAGCAAGGACUUGGCACUUAGCUGUGGUUUUAAAGCCCCAUGUUUCCAAGCUCCGUUCUACUGGAGAAAAGCCCAGGAAAACAACACACUUCUGUCAGAGUCAAUGUCAAAGAGUCAUUGCUACCAUCUGUGACAGGUGUCUCCUGUCUAGUGGGGGCCGUGAGUGUGCGUCAGUGCGGAUCACCCAGGGUGGCUGGGCUGAUAAGUCUGCAAACAAGGUUCACCUGGCAGGUUGGAAGCUGUUUAUGAUUAACUUGUUAGAGCUGUGAAUGGUAGCUCCUGCAUUCAAGGGCUGGAGGAGACAGAGGCAGAUGGUCUUAGCCGCUUGGAAAAGAAUAGUUACCAGUGCCCAAGUUCUUACUUGGAGAAGGAGGGGAACCACCACAGGCUGCUCACAGUGGGCACCAGACUAGGACAUCUUCUCCCACUCCCAUGGUACAGAAAAUGAUGCUCAGGUUCGGAAAAGUUAGUGACUUGCCAUGGUCAGGAGACACACCUGAAAAAACAGUAGAAUAAGAUGUUUUAUUGGUGCCUUUUAAAAAAAUUUCCUCCUGUCUCAGGGCACUCACUUGGCCAGACAGUAUGGAAGGCGGAGAGUACUUAGCCAUCACCGUCCAGAGCCUGGGUCCGUCCUAUGGCACUGAGAGGCCUCCUGUUCCUCUCCCCAGUUUCCAUGAAAUCAGUUCCUGCAUCCUGUACUUUGACAGGAAGAGCCUAGCUGAACUUAAAUCUUUAAUAUCAUAGGACUGGUACUAAAUGGAAGCCCUGGCCGAGAAACUUGUGAGGCAGUCUCACUCCCGGUGGGUAGUACCACUUACUACAUAGGGGCUUAUGGGAAAAAAAUUCCUUUUCAAAGACUAGACUAUGUAUUAGGUGUAAUUUACAAAUAGAAAUCUUGUGAAAUCAAAACAUAUAUCAAGUUGUUUUAAUGGUAAAGAGCAUGGGUUCUGAAUCCACGUUGUCUGGCUUCAGAUCUUGUCUCUACUGCUUCUUCACUAUUUGACUUUGGACAAGUUAUUUCUCCAGACCUCAGCUUCUCAAUUGUAAAAUAGGAAAAAUAGUAAUGCUUAAAUGACAAGAUCAUCAUGAUAAUUAAAUUAGUUUAUACAUGUUUAGUGAUUAGAACAGUGCCUGACAAGGAAUCAAGGAAUUGCUAGCUAUGUUAUUAGAUAGAUAAAGGAUGGAUAGAUUAGAGAGAGAUGAUGGAUGGGUGGAUGGGUGGAUAAAAGGAUAGAUAAAUAGGCAGGCAGGCAAGCAGAUAGAUGAUGGAUGGAUGCAUGGAUGGAUGGAUAGGUAGAUAGACAGGUGUCUACAACACCUAUCAAGUCAAUUGACAGUAUUUGUGGUUGUUCAGGAUUUCAAACCCUGGAAUAUUGGGACCCAUUUCACAAAAAGUAACCAAUUAUCUUCUGUACUAGUGACCAACUAGAACAUGGUUGGCAAACUUUUCAAAUAAGAGUGGAUGCAGUGCACUGGCUCUCAUGAAGAGGACCCAGGUGAACCCCUGUAACAGUGUUGGUGAGAGAUGCCCAUCUCAAGCUGUGUGCUGUAUUGGUCUGCUGGUCUCCCUGCCUUAUUCACAUAGGACCUAAAAUAGUACCUGUGUAAGGUCCUAUAGGAAGGAAAAAACAUAUCAUUUUCUCUCCCCCUCUGCGCAACCUCCCUGCUCCCCAUCCCCAACCCAUACCUUCCCCCCCUUUGCUCCCCAACAUGUUUCAGCCAUCCAUGAUCUCUGACUAUAAGUAUAAAGAAAUACCAGGAGAUAAAACAGAAGAAACUUUCUUUAAGGAGUGCUGACAAUGUUCUAAAAUUGAUUGUGGUGAUGGUUGCAUAACUCUGAAUGUACUAAAAAGCAUUGAAUCAUGUACUCUAAAUGGAUGAAUUGUAUGUGCAUUAUGUCUAAACAGGGUGUUAUGAAAGCGAAAAAAAAAAAAAAAGAAACUAAAGACUAAA